AUGCACCUUCAAGAAUUGGAGUCGCGUCAUAACACGACCAUAGACCCGGAUGAGCAUUUAUCUAUAACAUUUCAAGUUAGUAGAGUAACGAGGAAUAGCCAAGGGAGCAGGGCUUUAGUGCCUUAUAGUGAUAACUCUGUGAAGAUGACUAGAAAAGAGUUGAGAGUUGGUAAAUGGUUUAGAGUGAAUGUAACAAAUAUGGUGGCGGAGUUCUUUAGAUUGCCACGGGAGUAUUUAGCGAUAGUUGUGAGAGUACAAGACUCCAAGAAUAGAAUGAGCUUAGUGGUGCCGCAUCCUAGUUCAGAGUCAAAUAAUGCCCUGAUACCCUACGUAGAAGUAAGUCUAAAGGACAAUUCACAUACGCGUACUAGACGCACAAUCGGUAUGGAUUGCACCGAAAACACGAAGGAGGUGCGUUGCUGUCGGUACCCACUGGUGGUCAACUUCGAGGAGUUCGACUGGGAUUGGAUUAUAGCGCCGAAACUGUACGAAGCCAACUACUGCAGCGGCGAAUGUCCAUACAGUUUCCUGCAGAAGUUCCCUCAUACAUAUUUAGCCCACCUAGCAGCUCCACAAGGCAGUGGAGGCCCAUGCUGUGCCCCAAGAAGAAUGAGCAGCAUCUCCAUGUUGUAUUUCAAUAAUGAUCUGAACAUCAUUUACGGGACAAUACCUGGCAUGGUGGUGGAAAGUUGUGGCUGCUCAUAG